CUCUUCCGCCCCUGCCGGAAGCGUCCGGCAGCCAUGGCUGACGAGGAGGAGGACGUGCCGUUUGAAGAAGACGCGGAAGAAGCCGGUGGGGGCCUGGACGGCGGGCAAGGCAAGAGGAAGAGGCUGUUCUCCAAAGAACUAAGAUGCAUGAUGUAUGGAUUCGGGGAUGACCAGAACCCUUACACAGAAUCAGUGGACAUUCUUGAGGAUCUGGUAAUAGAGUUUAUCACAGAAAUGACACACAAGGCCAUGUCAAUUGGGCGGCAGGGUCGUGUACAGGUUGAGGACAUUGUCUUUCUAAUACGCAAGGACCCCCGGAAGUUUGCCAGAGUUAAAGACCUCCUAACUAUGAAUGAAGAACUGAAACGAGCCAGAAAGGCCUUUGAUGAAGCAAACUAUGGAUCUUGAUUCUGUGUGCAAGCUGCACUGGGGCAUUACUUGGGCACCUGCUGCCCAAAAGGAAGGUAUGUCGUGUGUUGUUUGGAGGAGUUAUUCAGGAUGGAGGUCACUGCUGGGAUGUCUGCCCUUGCUCCCAGCCUUUUCUGAGAAGUAUUCAAGCAGCUGAAUGUUAUCUGAUUGUAUGUGGUAUACUUAGGUAUUUUUAUACUGUUUUAUGAAAUGAGAAAAGAGCUCUGAUGAUCUUGUAAUGGCAGGAAGUCUGUUUGAAGUAGGACUGUGUUGAAUCAGGUAUCUAGAGGGCUAAUGAUGGGUGAUUCUCUACAACUAUUUCAGUUAUCGCUGGGUAUUCCUGUGACAGGAAACCUAGAAAAUGCAUCUUGGUUAACUGGACGAAGUCUUCAAGCCCAAACUACUAUAGAAGUUCUGCUCUUUGCUCUGUAUGUGCUCUUUGAAUAAAACAUUUUAAGUUUGUGCCCACUCCUCAUAACUAAACUU